AUGGCGCCCGGGACGGGAGGCGUCUUCUUCAUGCCCGCCGGCAGACCGCCCCAGGUUGUGGCUUCUACGUACUACGGCCGGGACUUCAACUCGCCCCACAGCGCUGCAGUCUCGCCUCGAGACGACGGGAUUUGGUUCACAGAUCCAUGUUGUGGACAUGAGCAGGACUUCAGAAGCCCGCCGCAGCUUCCGCCGCAGAUUUAUCGAUGUGAUGCGAAGACUGGGGAGGUGAGGGCCAUGGCGGAUGGGUUCGUCCGCCCCACGGGAAUUGCGAUUGACGAAGACUCCUCGACGCUCUAUGUUGCGGACGCUGGGGGUGUUCGAGUUGAUGGCAAUCUCGACCUGAUCCAGCGGAUGUUCGCACUCGCUGGGCGAGGUGCUCCUAUGCACCUCAUGUGUGAGAACGGUAACGUAUGGGCUGCCUGCGGCGAUGGCAUUGAGAUAUGGAACAGCGGUGGCUCAUUGCUCGGUGUGAUCCAGGUGCCAGGUAAGUAUCUCGCCUCCGGCCCGGAAGCUAAGCCCAAGUACAUUGUCCAUUGA